AAAAUUAAUAGUACAGUAUGUCGAAAAAAGUUUAAAAAAAAGUCGUAUUAUAGUUUGUCGAAAAAAGUAAAAAAAAAAAAAAAAACCAUCAUAGUAUAAAAAUGUCGAGAAAAUAAAAAAACUCAUAGUAAAGCAUGUCCAGUAGAGAGGACGUCCAGUAGAGAGGACGUCCAGUAGAGAGGACGUCAACAACUAAGAGACCUGAUAGUAAUACCAGAGUUUCUUAGAGGGAGGAUAUGGACUGUGAGGAUAUGGACUGUGAGGACAUGGACUGUGAGGACAUGGACUGGGAGGAUAUGGACUGUGAGGAUAUGGACUGUGAGGACAUGGACUGGGAGGAUAUGGACUGGGAGGAUAUGGACUGUGAGGACAUGGACUGUGAGGAUAUGGACUGUGAGGAUAUGGACUGUGAGGACAUGGACUGUGAGGAUAUGGACUGUGAGGACAUGGACUGGGAGGAUAUGGACUGUGAGGACAUGGACUGUGAGGAUAUGGACUGUGAGGACAUGGACUGGGAGGACAUGGACUGGGAGGACAUGGACUGUGAGGACAUGGACUGUGAGGACAUGGACUGGGAGGAUAUGGACUGUGAGGACAUGGACUGGGAGGACAUGGACUGGGAGGACAUGGACUGUGAGGACAUGGACUGGGAGGACAUGGACGGUGCGGGGCUCAGAUGUAUUAAAGCGUUUCUCUACUUGAAGCUGUUUCUAGAAACAUUGAGAUGUUUCCUGAGAUAACGUCGAGUACGGAGCGAUUCCUCGGCUCACCUUACAAUCCAAACUGUCCUCGUCACUGCAGGUUAUUAAACCUGUCUGGGAACAGAACGCCAAACGGGCCGGAGGAGGACAAAGCUGUGCCAAAAGAAAACAAAUCCUGCAAAAGUCAAUUUGACCUGAGAGCUUCGUCCAGUCUGAAGUAACGGAUGUGGACAGAAACAACAGACAAGAUGAUUGUUCAUUAUUAGUAGAGUAGGGCCGUCAAUCCAUUCAAAGAGGUAAUCAACAUUAAUCUAACAUCAUCAGUUCUAAAUGAACCUUAAAGGAGAUUAGUCCAGUAUUUAAUCCUCUUAUCAACAUGGGAGUGGACAAAUAUGCUGCUUUAUGUAAAUGUAUGUAUAUAUUUAUUAUUAUAA